CCAUCGGAGUAUGAAGUGGGAAAACAUGAGAGACAAAUUCGCCUACAAAUUUAUUCAGUAGUCACGACUCACGACAGUCUCGCACGCGUUGCUGGACCAUAGGCGAGAACGCUUCAUUCAACCUUCCUCAUACCAAUUCACAAAGAAAUCCUGCUCCAAGAACAGUUUUGGCUUGUCGAACUAUGUGAUCUGGAGGAUUUAGAGUAAAUCAUCACAGAGAAGUAUGAGCUGCAACUGUUUUGGUGUUUCAUUUGCUAACCGGAAACGGAGUGCUCCGCAGCAUGCCAGUGGACUAGACGAGGAAAUACUUCGGAACAUCAACCUUUUCACCUACAAGGAAUUAAGAUCAGCUACAGAUAAUUUUGAUUUAAGCAAUAAGAUAGGGCGAGGAGGUUUUGGAACUGUUUACAAGGGAAUUCUAAAAAAUAAAAUUCAAGUUGCAGUGAAGAAACUUUCUGCUGAGUCAAAGCAGGGAGUACGUGAAUUUUUGACAGAGAUCAAAACCAUAUCAAAUGUAAAGCAUCCAAAUCUGGUUGAACUGAUUGGUUGCUGUAUCGAGGAGGCUCACCGGAUAUUGGUAUAUGAAUAUGUAGAAAACAACAGUCUUGAUCGAGCAUUGUUAGGUAACAGGAGUACAGAUAUCAACCUGGACUGGGGAAAAAGAUCAGCUAUUUGCAAGGGUAUUGCUAGGGGUCUUGCAUUCCUUCAUGAAGAACUUGUGCCACAUAUUGUACAUAGAGACAUAAAAGCUAGUAACAUACUUCUUGACAAAGAGUUUAACCCAAAAAUUGGAGAUUUUGGGUUGGCCAAGCUCUUCCCGGAUGACAUCACACACAUUAGCACCAGAAUAGCAGGAACAACUGGUUAUUUGGCUCCAGAAUAUGCAUUGGGUGGUCAGUUAACCAUGAAGGCUGAUGUUUACAGUUUUGGUGUCCUUAUACUUGAAAUAAUUAGUGGCAGAAGCAGCUCAAUAGCAAACAGGGGAGGCACGGAGAAGUAUUUUCUGGAAUGGGCAUGGGAGCUCCAUGAAGAGGGGAAACUUGUGGAGCUAGUGGAUCCGGCUCUUGGAGAAUAUUCAGAGGAAGAAGUUACUAGGUAUAUAAAAGUAGCCUUUUUCUGUACCCAAGCAGCGGCAAAUCGAAGGCCUCUAAUGAACCAGGUUGUUGAUAUGCUUUCCAAAAAUAUUAAGCUCAACGAAAAGGUACUCACAGCUCCAGGUUUCUUUAAUGACGGAGCAUCAUCUUCCAAGAAGAAGUCAUCUACUGAAUCUACUAGCUACGAGAUUAGCUCUGUUCCUACCACAAUCACGCAGGUGACUCCUAGAUGAAGUCUGAUCUUUCUAUUGAGCCCAGAGGAUAAUGGAUGGUAUUAGUAGGUUCGUUCAGUUGGUACUUGGUUCAAAUCAUUUAAUUUUCACAAUUCAUUCAAGUUACCCUUAAAACCUUUUAGGGUGAUGUUAUGUGAUUAAUAAGAACUGGUUUAAGGAAAUUUUGAUUUCUUUUAAUUUGCAAAUGUUUAACCACUUUGUAAAUAAUCAGUUUUCCAUCUAGAUUGCACCAAUUGUAAAAGAGGAUUAUUGAAUGGGGAAGAACCCCUUAAUAUUAGAGCUCA